GGCCCCUUAGUACCAACUGAGCAUGGUUUAAACACCACAGCCUACCUGAGUAUUGUUGCUGACCGUGUCCAUCCCUUUAUGACCACAGUGUACCCAUCUUCUGAUGGCUACUUCCAGCAGGAUAACGCACCAUGUCACAAAGCUCACAUCAUCAAUCAAUCUAUCAAUCUAUCUAUCUAUAAAACAUGGUCAAAUAUUUAUGCAUUUAUCAAUAAAUCAUCAGUGGCAAAACCAUAAUGCCAUUUUCAUUUUCAAAUGUGCCGCUCGGCGCGUCACCGCGGUGCGCCCCUGCGCCCCUGCCCAUCUGAUUCAAUGAUACAAUGAUCCAGCCGUGCUUCGAUGAGGCAGAGCGCACUUGCCUGUGUUGACACUGGACGGAUAUGCGGCGAUGCUCUUGCGUGUGAAAGCGUUUGCAGCGGUCUCUAAGCGGCUACGGGAGAGAUUUCGCCUCGGAUGAGAGCUUAGGAUGAGGAGCAAGUGCGACCAGCAUCACAAAACAAAACGCCAUCUCUUGGUCCGUCGCGUCUGCUCGGUGGCAGCGGCCCGUCGAUUCUCAGAGGAAGCCGGGGGCUGGAUUUGAAAUGUCGCAGGGAUGUGCUGAAAGCUUGAUGAUGAAAGGAGGAAGAGGAGGAGAGAGGUGGAGUGAGCCCUUCCUGGCCCAGGAUAGCUUUUAAUUUGCUCCUUGGAAAAAGCAGUGACGUCUGCGGUCAGGAGGUGAUGGCAGUGCUGACUGAGCUUCACCACCACUACCACCCAUUCCUACUGAUGGACACUCCCCUCCUGCACGCCUGAGCCUGCACUCAGCGCUGCCUCCUUCCCCUCCUCUCCUUCUGCCUCCCCCUUGCUCAUUUCCUACCUCUUCCUUCACCCUCCUCAUCCAGCUGCCACUUGCCCCGCCCCCACAUCUCCUCCCAUCCCAUCCCAUCCCAUCCCAUCCCACCAUCCAUUACACCCUACAUUUGAAUUCCACCGUACUUUUACAACCUUACUUUACAAUGGCGUGCUGCGGACGUUCCCUGGACUCCCCGUGCACGCUAGCCUUGCUGGUGGGCUUCCAGUUUGCCUUUGUUCUCUAUUUCUCCCUCGGGGGCUUCAGAGGCUUGGUGUCCGUCCUGGUGCACACCACAGAGCCGGAGUUUGAUUACUCUCGACCUCACGACGUCUACACCAACCUCAGUCAUCUGGGAGUGCCGCCUCCCCCGCCUCGUAACUCUGGCACUGGACCCCCUGCCACAGGACCACCGCUGAGAGACUGCCAGAUCCCCUCCCCGCUGCUGGUCGGGCCUGUGUCCGUCCAUCUUUCCUCUCCUCUGUCCCUGGAGGAGAUCAGACAGAGGAACCCAUUAGUAAUGCCAGGCGGGCGCUACCGGCCUCCAGACUGCGAGCCCCGCCACCACACGGCGAUAGUGGUACCGUACAGGAACCGUCAGACGCACCUCCGCGCUCUCCUCUACCACCUCCACCCCUUCCUGCAAAGACAGCAGAUCCACUACAGCAUCUACAUAGUACAGCAGUGGGGGAACGGUACCUUUAACCGAGCCAAGCUGCUGAACGUCGGGGUGCGGGAGGCCCUUAGAGAUGAAGACUGGAGCUGCAUCUUCCUGCACGAUGUUGACCUGCUGCCCGAGAAUGACCACAACACCUACACCUGUCACAAACAGUUUCCCACUCACCUGUCUGUGGCCAUGGACAAGUUCAGAUACAGGCUGCCGUACCCGCAGUAUUUUGGUGGGGUGUCUGCAGUGACCCCAGACCAGUACAUGAAGAUGAACGGCUUCCCUAACCAGUACUGGGGCUGGGGUGGAGAGGAUGAUGACAUUGCUGCCAGAGUCCGCCUGUCUGGCAUGAAGAUCAUGCGCCCCCCAGUGGCCAUUGGUCACUACAAGAUGAUCAAGCAUAAAGGAGACCGAGGGAAUGAACAAAACCCACGCAGAUUUGACCUUCUGAAAAGAACCAGACUCAACUGGCGCUCUGACGGCCUCAACUCUCUGACCUAUGAGCUCCUCUCCAGAGAGCUGGAGCCUCUCUACACCAACCUCACCGUCGACAUCGGAGAGGACCCCCGUCUGCCCCAGGUGAAAGCACCCAUCCCUGUGAAAACUACAACCCCCGUCCACCAACGUAGCACCAGCAAGACCGGGGGCACAGCCAAACAGGAGAAGACGCAGGAGAGCAAAGGAGCAAACUUGACUGUGGCCAAGCCGGCUGCUGCAAAGACAGAACAUGUCCAGUCGAAGGCGGCGAAUCAGACAACACAGGAGAAGACAGGUGUUGUGAAAUAGGACGAGGUGUACAAUAAAAGGACUGCAUCCCAUCUGUAGCAUAAAGUGGCUUCCCCCCUUCAUUUUGAAAGACAAAAUGGAGGAGAGCAGUGUAGAUCUCUUCUGCUGCGGGACAUUAAGUACACCAGCUUUCUGUGCUCAGUGCAGGUUAGGGGUAGUUAUGCAAUGGAUCAAAUGAAGAAGCCUCUUUUGUCUACAGGGGUGCGUUCAGGAACACGACUGAGUCGAAUGUGACUCUGGCUCAAGUGACUGACACAAGUCUGCGGCUCGUGAGUUAUUCAGAGCCAGGAGAAUAAUGGUGAACCGCUCAGUCGUAUCCGUGUAGAGGUUCCCAACAAACUAAUUGAAAAUGAGACAGCAACUAUAUAAAUCUCUGCUCUUUUCCAGACAUCGCAAGUCGUAAGCAACCCAUUUGCUGCCAGCAGACCUGCAGCUUCAUCCACUUUGCCACCCCCCCCCCUCCAAAAAAACUGCUGCUGUCAGUCCACCCCACUCCACAGUGGGUUUGUGUUUCUGUGCCUUCUCUCUUUUAUGCGUAUUUUAUAGACUGGUAGAGUUGCUUUUAGACGCUGACAUGGGGUUAAUUUUACCUCUCCUGCCUCGCAGGCAAAUGUUAGAAAGCAGGGAGGAUAAAGCUGAUCCUAGAUCAGGACAAAUGAUUUGUUCCAGGACUGCCGUUUUAUAUCUGUGUGCAUCGAUCAAGCGCUGACCAACUCCAUAGUUAUCAGACAAUUCUAGAGUUUAUAUUUCUAUAGAGAGACUUCUUUAUUUGUUUACGGAUUUGUUUCACUCGUCCGUCCUUACAGUCUGGUGCCUCUCUAUCUCUCUGACAUUUAGUUCCUAGACAAUCAAAUCAUACGGGAAGAAAAAUCCGCACCCAACCGCAUAACAACGUGAGGAAAUAUUAUCAUGACUAUCUUUACACCUGUCAGAUAAACAUAGACUUGGCAUGAUAGUUGUUGUCUAGUUCGACUAUACUCUUGAUAACAUGGAUAGACCUGUGAUAUUAUCUGUGAUUUUAUUAUUUCGUCAGGUAUGGGGGAAAAAAAGCAAACUUGCAGACAAUAUUGUAGGCACGUGAUUACACAUUUGCCAGUUCCAGAUUGUAUUUUAAUAAUAUAGAAAAAAGGUCAUAGUUACGAUAAAGCACUGUGUAUAGAUCUAGGUCAGCUUUUUACUAGAGGGCGUGACGUCUUCACAGAGGGUCUCAGUAUAUCAUGAAAAACCCUGGUGCAUCUUAAAGCUAUAAAUGAUAUAAAUACUUGUCUGUUGCUUUUGUAUCUUGAAGGAAAGGAGACAAGGCAUAGGGAAGCAUAGUUUUAUUCCGAGGGCCAACACGCAUGUUGGUUAUUUGUCUUGACUUAUCAGUUAUCAUCGGACAUUAUUUUUUCCCAUAUCAUCCAUUUGGAAUGUAUUAUUUUGAGUUUUGUGACAGGGGAGUUUAUCAGGUGAGCUUAGCGUGUGGACUCAGAGGAAACAGGAUUUCUUGCUGCUAUGUGUCUAUAGGGAAAUGGUUAACUACGAUUAAUCAGCUUGAAAAAUGACACUAACUUCCUGCUGUGGAGCUGCGUUUUCAUCACACUAACAAGUAAUGUAUUACUUCUGCUAAUUUGAAUGUAUUUAAUUUAUUAAUUUAUUUAUUGAGUCACCGAUAGAACGACAUGCACGCACCUCUGAUAUACGUGCAUAUGUGUUCCUCCAUUGUAGAGCAGGUUAUUAUCCCUUUACACUGUGUCUCCAUGUUUUCUUCUGUUAACAUUGUGCCUCAUGAGAUAAGCCCAUAUUCCUGAAGGACUGAAGGCUGGGUUAUAUGUGAGCGCCCUCAGGUGGCACAGUGUGGCAUAGCGUCAGCCGAGAGGAGCCAAGGACUGAAUGAAACUGCAGUGUUGUGACAUGAAUGUUAAUCAUUAAUGUUGGCCAUUCACAGGUUUCAGCCAAUCAUAUCUUUGCAUUGCUCUGUGUGGAGGGUUUCUGGCUUGCGUAGUAUCACAUGAUUGAUUCUGCCAGUUUAAAGGCGUAGAGCAACUCUCCGAAUCGUACUGGUUUAUAUAACGAAUAGCUAAAUGACGAGUGUUUAUGAAUGGACUUAGUUUUAUAGAAGGAAUCUAUGUCUAUUUAUGAUGAAACAUUACCUGUUUGAAGUAAGGGUGCUGUGCAGGACAGAUAAUAAGGCCCACUUUCUUAGCUUUAUACUAUAUGAUAGUUUAGUUGCAUAUCAAUAGAUAAUAUAUCCUCCAUAUAUCAUAUUGCCUGGGACAAUGCCUGUGUGACAUGAAGCAGUGACGCACUGAAAGCUUUUAAGGACGUUAUGUAAUCUCAGCAGAUUAAUCAGCAUACUGUGUGCUUACCUGGAGAUUGUUCUAUAUUUAAUAAAUAGGCUAGUUUUUAUAAAGGAUGUUUUCGCCUAAGUGUUUGAAAUAUAUACUGUGUAGUUGAAUGCAAACAGGACUUUAUGGUCACGUUUUUUUUAUUUAAAGAGUUCAUUUGAUCAUGGGUUCAUCCUGUCAUUAAACACACACGUUUGAGAAGUGUAAAUGUGAUCGUGGAGAACUACCUGACGAGAAGGAUAAGAUGUUUAUGUCUUCAUGGCGAAUGAGACGUAAUUUAUUAAGGACCAUGAUAUUUGCAUCUUGGGAUGAUACCUGUUAUCAUCCUAGGUUGCCUGAUUUACUGACCUUGUCUUGAACAUGAAAGUUUGAGUGUGUUUGUGUGUUUGUGUUCACGUGUGCGCUUGUGUAGAGAGCAAAGUCAUUAAGAAAAGGCAAAAGGAGCAGUGGACUGCGAUGGACAGUGUUGUGACAGAAAGCAAAUAUGUAUAUUAAUAAAAACACAUAA